CACUCACUCACUCAAUAGUAAAAGUUGUUGGCUUACUAAAAAAAAAGUAUUGUGAGAUAUAAUUGCUGUUGGCCAUUAAUUCUUUGUUUUUUAUAUCUUUUUUGCUGUAUCAUCUUCUUUUAAUUCCAUUAUUGUUGGAUUAUAUCUUUUUAAUUUGCACAAAAGAAAAAGUGAUCUGAUAAAAUAUCAAGAAUGGGUGCUCUUGAUCAUUUCUCUCAUCUUUUUGACUGUUCUCGCAGCAGUUCUAAGCUCAAGAAACGCAAGCAGUUGCAGACGGUGGAGAUCAAAGUUCGAAUCGACUGCGAAGGAUGCGAACGCAAAGUAAAGAGAGCAGUGGAGGGAAUGAAAGGUGUAAAACAAGUAGACGUAGAUCGGAAAGCAAAUAAGCUGACAGUCGUUGGAUAUGUGGACCCCUCCAAGGUGGUAUCCCGCGUGGCAUAUCGGACGGGUAAAAGAGCAGAGAUAUGGCCAUACGUGCCAUAUGACGUGGUGGCCCAUCCUUAUGCUCCUGGAGUGUACGACAAGAAAGCACCAGCUGGGUACGUGCGAAGAGCAGAGGACCCACAAGUUUAUCAGCUGGCACGUGCGAGUUCUACUGAAGUUAGAUAUACUACUGCUUUUAGCGACGAGAAUCCUCAAGCUUGUUCUAUUAUGUGAUUAAUUAAGGAGUAGUUGGUAAUCUUGUUGCUAUUGUGGUUAAUUAAGUGUUUUUAAUUGGGUUUUAGGGCUUAUAGGUUUGGCCUUUUAUUUUUUUGUUUUUGUUUUAUUGUAUGAUUUGAGUGUUUUGUUUGUGCAAAUAUUUUGUUUGAUGUAUGAAUUUUGUUAUGUGUCA